GAGAGAAAAAGAGACGUAAAGUUGGAGACUUUAUAAUUUCUUCAAUCAUCUUUGUUCAUUAUCUCAUCUUUUGAAAAAUUAUCGUUUCUUCAUUUUCUUGAAUUGCUAUUUUUAGCUAAUAAUAUGUAUACAUAUACCUUCUAAUUUUCUUUCAUUAAAUUGUUUUUUAUAAAAUAUAAUUUGGGAAGAAUCUAUUUUUCUUUCUUUUCAAGAAUUGAAACCCCUUUAUGAUUCUUCAAUUUCCAAGAUCAUAAUCUUGAUCCAAAUUUGUAUAUAUUCUUUGUUUAAAAAAGUAAAUAAAUAUUUAUUUAUUAUAUUUGAUUGAUGAAUUUGAUGUAUAGGUAGAUAUAUAUAUAGAUAGAUACAACAAAAGAAGUUUUUGAAAAAUUUGUUGUGUUUAGGAGUUAAAGUUUGGAUUUUUAUUUGUUUUUCUGAUAAUCUUGGCGUCCGAGCCAGCUUUCGCCACGGGGUUUAAAAGUUUGGAUUUUCUUGAUAACCGUGGUGUCUGAGUCGGCUUUUAUUCACCUCGAUUAAAUUCAGGUGAGUUAAAAGUUUGGAUUUCUAUUAGGUGGGUGUUCGGGCCAGCUUACGUCUAAGAGGAGAUAAAGUUUGGAUUUUUAUUAGGUGGGUGUUUGGGUCAACUUACAUGCACCUCGACUAAUCUAAGAGGAGUUAAAGUUUGAAUUUUUAUUAGGUGGGUGUCCGGGCUAGCUUACGCACCUCGACUAAAUCCAGGGGGAGUUAAAGUUUGGAUUUUUAUUAGGUGGGGUUUGGUUUGUUGUGUUCUUUAUUGUAAAGUAGUGGGAGUUGUAGAAGAAGACAGAUUUGGAGUUCAUAAGCGUUGUGAGUUGGAUGAAGCGGUGUGUUUUAUGCAGUUGUGGGUUUGGAUUUUACUGGUGAUUGAUAGACAUCUGUAAUGAGUUCCUCUUUGUAACGCCUUUUACGCCUAGGGAUUAUCAAGAACGGUGGUAUAUAUAGGGAGGUAACAUAAGGGGUGUUAUGAUCAGAAGAGUUGAGAGUAAAAGAUUCAAGAAUCAGAGAGCUUUUUUCGAUUUUCGUGUUGAAUUUGUUUUGUGGGGGAUUGGAAAUGAGGAAUGAUGAACAGAAGUCAGCUGUUGAAGGUGGGAAUGUUGGACUAGGUAGGAGGCAAAAUGGUGUUUUUCCGGUGUCGUUUAGAGCUCUAUCCAAGAUUGUAUCAUCUGGUGCUUCAACUGUUGCCUCCACAGUGAGAUCAGCUGCUUCGGCUAUCGUGGAGAAGGACAACGAUUCCGGCCAUGAUCAGGUUCUCUGGGCUGGGUUUGACAAGUUGGAAUCUGAGAGAGGUACAACUCGGCAAGUUUUGCUCCUGGGGUGUCGGUAUGGCUUCCAGGUUUGGGAUGUUGAAGAUGGUGGUAGUGUGUGCAACUUGGUUUCCAGGCAUGACGGUCCUGUUUCUUUCACACAAGUGUUACCAAAGCUAAUAGCAUCAAAGAAUCGUGAUGACAAAUUUUCUGUUAAUCGCCCAAUGUUGAUACUUUGUGCCGAUGUAUCUUUUUCUGGUGGUAGGACCAGUGGGGAGAGCGUAGGAACUCCUUGUGAUGGGACCGUCCUACAUUAUCAUAACCAAGCAAGACCCCCCUUUGUGCCCACUGUUGUCUGGUUUUAUUCCAUGAGAUCUCACUCUUACGUGCAUCAAUUGAGGUUCAGAACAGUUGUUCACUCGGUGAGGUGCAGCCCCCGAGUGAUUGCAAUCUUACAAGCAGCUCAGAUACACUGUUUUGAUGCUGCAACUCUGGAGAGGGAAUAUACUAUUGUCACCAAUCCUGUUGUCACGGGAUUUCCUGGGUCUGGGAACAUUGGUGUGGGGCCUCUUGCAGUAGGUCCCAGGUGGAUAGCCUAUAGUGGAAGUCCUGUUUCCGUCUCGAAUUCUGGUCGAGUCAAUCCACAGCACCUUACUCCUGCUAGUUUCCCAAAUCCAGCUCCAAAUGGGAGCCUUGUUGCUCAUUAUGCAAAGGAAUCAAGCAGGCAACUUGCUGCUGGUAUUGUGACUCUAGGGGACAUGGGGUACAAGAAGCUGUCGAGGUACUAUUCUGAGCUCCGGCUAGAUGGUAAUUCUUCUCAGCCUGUGAAUGCUCGUGUAAAGAUAUCAGGAGCUGCUAAUGGUCAUUUUCAAGAUGUAGACAGUGUUGGAAUGGUCAUAGUUAGGGACAUCGUCAGCAAAACUCUUAUCGCUCAGUUUAGGGCACAUAAAAGUCCUAUUUCAGCUUUAUGCUUUGAUCCUAGCACUACUCUUCUGGUGACUGCUUCAGUUCAAGGUCAUAAUAUCAAUGUAUUUCGGAUAGCCCCUGUACUAUCUGAAAGUACCUGUGUUACUGAUCCCGGGUCUUCGUACGUCCAUCUGUAUACGCUGCAGCGCGGUGUGACUAACGCAGUCAUACAAGACAUAAGUUUUAGUAGUGAUAGCCGGUGGAUUAUGAUAAGUUCUUCCAGAGGAACUAGCCAUCUUUUUGCGGUAUCUCCUUCAGGGGGACCAGUUGAUUUUCGCACAUCAAAUGCAUGUCUUAGUGCUUGUGCUAAUGGCUCCGGGCUGAUGGCUAAGCCUGCAGUUCAGAGGACCGUAAAUUCGGGACUUCAAGCGCUUAAUCAGCAAAACAUUGGUAGAUCACCGGUGACACUUUCUGCUGUUGGCCGAAUAAGGAGUGGAAGUAAUGGUUGGAAAAGUACUCUAAGUGGUGCUGCCGCUGCUGCAACUGGAAACGUGAGCUCUCUAUCUGGGUCCAUCGCUUCAGCUUUUCAGUACAACAAAAACUAUAACAACCAAUAUACAGAUGCAGCCUUUCCAAAAUCAGAUUAUCACCUGCUGGUUUUUUCUUCUCCUGGCUGUGUGAUACAGUAUGCUUUACGUAUGUGUUCUUGCCUAGAUUCUCUUACAACCACCAAUCCUGCAAUGGCUACACCAUAUCAGUCAGGUGUUGAAGUUGAUGCAAGAUUAAUCGUAGAUGCAAUCCAGAAGUGGAAUAUUUGCCAGAAACAUAAUCGCAAAGAGCGAGGUGGUAAUAUUGAUAUAUACGGUGAAUUUGGAGACUCUGAUAGCGGUAGAGUAUUUCCUGAAGGAAUGAAGGUAGAAAAUGGUCUCGAUUCCAAGACUAGGAAUACUACAACCACAGAAGAAAAGAGAAGUUCCAAUGAAAGACAUCAUAUGUAUAUAUCUGAAGUGGAGCUUGAAAUGCAUAAACCUCAGAAUCCAUUGUGGGCAAAAGUGGAGAUGUAUUUUCAAUCAUUUGUUGCAAACGAGAUUAAUACAGGUGAUGUUUAUGCUUUUGGAGGAGAGGCUGAGAUAGAAGAAUUUCCAACUCAUUUAGUUGAGGCGAGAAAAAAAGAUUUAGUUCCAGUUUUUGAUUAUAUUCAAUCUUCCAAGUCCCAACAAGGGAGGGUAUCUGUUAACGGUGACAAUAGCCAACAGUCACUGGUCUCCGAUAACUGCAAUAUUAUGGCUAAUGGUGUUGAUGGAUCGCACCAUUCCAUGAACGGUCCCAGGAGCGAAGUUCACUGCGGCCUAGAAGUAAAUGGGUUGGUGGAUGGUCUUGCAAUGACAAGUCAAACUGCUAAUGGCUUUGUAAAUAGUAGCGAGAGCCCUAAAGCGGAUGCUGAGCUAGAUUUUGUAAAUAAUGUGAAGUUUGUAAAUAAUAACCUAGAUGGCACAGAAAUGGAGAAUCAUCUCGAAGAUGAAGUUGACGGCGUUGAUUGAAGGUGUUCGUUAUUCGUUUAUUAUGCGGAAGGUUGCUGUAAGUGUUAAUAUUGUGGGGGGUGAAAAAUGUAGUUGGAAAGAGUUUUUAGGCUCCUUGAUUGAUCCAAUGAACAAAAUGUGGAUGCUUUAACUUUGUAACUAUUUAGGCACUGAAACUUGCCCAAUAAACUAGUUGUAAUAUGUAAAUAAAUGCCUGGAUCAUGCAACUUGUUUCUCUCA